AUGUCAUCACCACCUGAUUCGCCAAUGGAAGAAGUAGUGUACGAGAUAGAACCGUCACGGGUGCCAAAACCUAUUCCAGUUGCACUGGAAGAUUUAUGCCGACAGACAAAAUUCACACGACAAGAAAUUCGUGUUAUGUAUCGUGGUUUUAAAACGUAUAUUCUAGAGGAAUGUCCCGAUGGAGUAGUACAUGAAGAUUGUUUCAAAGACAUUUAUGCCAAGUUCUUCCCACAUGGCAAUUCGAGUCUGUAUGCCCAUUACGUGUUCAAAGCCUUCGAUGUUAAUUGUAACGGAGCCAUAAGUUUUAGAGAUCUUCUAGUAACUUUAUCAACAUUAUUACGUGGAUCAGUUUAUGAACGUUUACGAUGGACAUUUAAAUUAUAUGAUAUAAAUGGUGAUGGUUGUAUAAGUCGUGGUGAAUUAGGUGAAAUUGUUGUUGCUGUACAUGAAUUAAUGGGACGACGACCACAUCAAGUUGAAGAUGAUAGAAAAGCUAGGGACCAAGUGGAUAGAGUCUUCCGUAAAUUAGAUUUGAAUCAAGAUGGUGUAAUCACGAUAGAAGAAUUUAUGGAAUCAUGUUUAAAAGAUGAUAUGAUUACAAGAUCUUUACAAAUGUUUGAUACAGUACUAUGAUAAUGUUUUAAAAAGGCAGACUGACUUUCCGUCUAUCUACUUGCCUUAGCGACCGUUUGUUCGCAAAU